AGUUACCGAGCGAGUUGAAUUGUUUGGCGGUGGAGAAGGCAGCCGCGCAAUAAACGGGACGGUGCGGGUGAGAGACGGGCCGGGGUAGUGGUGCGCGUGAUCGCGAGGUUUCACCGGAGCCGAGAGAGCGAAGCUGCUGGGUCGUGCGGGACGCACGAGAGACGAGAGACCGGGGAUCACACGGACCGGAGCUACGAUCGUCGUCCACGUGCGCGCGGACGACCGUGAGGAGAGCGGCAAACGGCGUGAGAGAGGGAGUGAGAGAGAGAGAGAGAGAUAGAGAAGCGUGCGAGCGAGCGUCUCUUGGGCGAAAGCGGCGGAGGAUUGAUCAUCGAUCGAAAUAAACGGGUGCGGGGCCGGGGCGUCCGCGAAGCGGAGACGUCCCGCAACGCCGUGAUACCGAUCGGACUGUCGCGCAUCUGAGCCGGGUUUUCGCCCCCCCGCGUUUUCGGGAACGCGCGCGAUCGUCAAACCGCGAGACAAGAUGUCGGUGGACGCGCUCAGCGACUCCGAGCUGCGCUCGAAGCUGAUGGAGUACGGGUACCCGGUGGGACCGGUCACGCAGACGACCCGCAAGAUACUCGCCAAGAAGCUGAAGAACCUCAUGGAGGCCCGCGGCGCCGGCGGCGGGGCAGCGGGAUCCCGGCAUUCGUUGGCCGCGAGAUAUAGCAGCGACGACACAGACGACGACACAAACACGAGUGUCGUUAAGAAGAAGAAGAGUGCGAACCUGCGCCGGCAAACGUUGGCGAAUCCCAUGCCGCCACCUUCGAUUAUUCCUCCCGACAUCGCGAGCGUGACGAAAAAUCCGGUCAAGGAGUCAAAUCUAUCGCCGCCGCAUUCCGAGUUCAAGGAUCCCAACGCGACGAAUUUCGACAGCUCGGCCGUGCCUGCCGUGACUCGCACGACUUCGAAGAGCACGCAGAACAAGUUUGUCAAGACGCAGAGAACCUACGUGUCCGACGGCUUGGAGACCGGAUCGGAUUCCGACGUCGUGGAGGACGCCGGGAGCUCGUACGGACGCUCGUACGACAAGUACCUGUCGAAUCCGAGCAGCAGACUGUACGAUUCUCGUGUGUACGAUCGCGGUACUUACGAUUACGAUCAGAUGGCGAAGACCAGACCCGCCUACGGGUGGAAGGACAGCAAGUACAAUGUGUCACCGUUGAAGCCGAGCGUCGUCUCCCCGAUUCUUCAGCCCGCGAAGGAGGACGUGAGUGGGAGGGACAGUGCGAAUCAGAGGGAUCUUCUUGCAAACUAUGAAACCCCAUUUCUAUCGGAGUUCACAAGGAGACUCAGUUCGCGAUCUUUGAUAAACACAAGCGCGUCGCCAUCCACCCUGUCGAGCUUAAAAAAUCCUACAUUACGCCAUAAUUUGACCUCUGGUUUACCAGAGGUGAAAGAGAGAGAUUCAAACGGCCACUUCUCUUCCUUAAGAGGCAUGUACCCGCUGUCGAAUCAGUCGAGGUAUGUAUUAUUAUUUUAUCCGAAUUGUAUGUAUUAUAAACAAACGCUUGGCUCGAGACGUAAUGUCUCGUCUGCUGACAGAGUUCGGGAUAUUUUCAGCAGAGCGACUUACAAACCGUCGACGACGAGCACAAGCAGGGACGACGUGCGAAAUAAUCAGAACAUCGUAUCGAUGAUCCUCCUGGUAGUACUUGCCCUAUUCUUUGUAGUCAUUGCAAUAAUAUAUGUGGGACUUGGGAAAACCGAGACGCUUCCAUCGCUUACAUCGGAUAACAACAUACCGCAAUGUUUCCUCGAUGGAGCUCCUGAUCUUAAAGCGCCUGGAGUAAAUUGCAUAAUGAAGGAAAACAUAGAAUCUGUGUUGCAGCUGUUAAGACGUUUGCAGCCUAUUCUAACGGGAAAGGCGAUAUCUAAAAUGUGCGAGAACUCGAAUGAGAAACCAUACCUAACCGAUGCGGAUAUCGUGGAGAUGUUUACGAGCGAGAAAGUGACGAAUCUUGAGGUGAAGGACGACCUGCACAGCGCGCAAUUUUUAAUCAUUAAGAAUCCGAAAUGGGGCAUCUCGCUUAUCGAUAUAAGUGAUGAUAACGGAGCGACCACGGAAACAUUGGAUACUCUAGACAAAUUAUUUUCCGCUCGUCUGAAUGGAAAAAUUGGAAUGGCGAUUUUAAAUCCUGAGCUGCCAAUGCAAUGCCUCGUUAAGAACAAACUUUUUACCAUCUUUUCUUCUCUUCUUAUAGUGGCAAUCGUCUUAUUAACAGGUAUCGGAAUUUAUAAAUCGUAUCUUUGGUAUCUAAAAUACAAGAGAUCUACCGAGAGAGAGGUAUUUAAGCUUGUUAGCGAUAUCAUAAGUAUCGUUGAGACGCACCAUCAGAACGCGUCCGCGCAAGCCGGCGCGCAGGAAAGUUUCCUUGCCAUAAAUCACGUGCGAGACAAUCUUAUUCCGCCGAAGGAUCGUAAAAGAAUGACUGCUCUGUGGGAAAAGGCAGUGAAGUUUCUUGACGAGAACGAGUCCAGAAUUCGAAGAGAGGUGCAGCAAGUGGCAGGCGAGGAGUUUCACGUCUGGCGAUGGUUGCCGAAUAACGCUUUGAACAAAUCGCCCGUGCAAAGCGCGGCUCUGGGCAAGAAGCCGAAGGUCUGGCAGGGACAAGCGUUCGAAACGAUGGAGGGAUCAGUUAACAGCCUGACUUGUUCGCCGACGCCUUGCCUGAAGAUCAGGCACAUGUUUGAUCCAGACAUCGAAACCGAAGACGACUGGGAGACGAAAGUGCAGGACGCUAUUUUGGAGAAGUGCGGGGAGGGUGUGAAGAUACUUCACAUUCGAGUAGACAUCGGUAGCCGUGAGGGUUGCGUUUAUAUGAAAUGUAUGUCGCAGGAGGACGCUGGCAAAGCUUACAGGGCAUUACACGGUUGUUGGUUCGAUGGUAAUUUAGUGACUGUGAAGUACCUGAGAUUAGAGCGGUAUCACGAGCGAUUUCCGGACGCCGCCCGCUGCGUAACGCCUCUCAAGCCGAGUAACAAUCAACGAUUGUCCAUGCAGGCGCACUACUGGCAGAGCCCGGCGGAGGCAAAUUAAAGUUCGCACAUUUUUAUUUUCGGACAUUCGAAGGAGCGCGCGAGCUCUCUCGCGUUUUUAAACGUUUAAAUCACACAAAU